AUGUCCGCCCCUCUUCCUGACCAAGGUCGUCUCCCGCCUUCCGUCUGCAGACCGCCCUCCAACGAAGAACAUAUGUUUCCUGACUUCGAGAACAGUGGACCAAAGGCUGUGGAAAUCUUCGUCGUAGCUGACUCCCGUGGCUCCUCAUCGCGCGACAACAAGUGGGUCCUGGCAUGGGAGGUCGGCAGCGUCCAUCGCAGAAACCGCGUGAUUCCCGUACUCCGCCAUCUCCUCAUCGAUACCGAAAAUUGGCAGAACCCCCUCUACCCCGCCUAUACCCAGCAGCAGCACGUAUUCUGGGGUCCGUACACACAGGAGAUGGGGCAGACCGUGCGCGGCGAUUGCGAGUCGUACACGAUUGCGGAAGUGAGCUGGCAGGGGAGGCAGGCCUUAGAGAGGGUAGCAAUGCAAACUCCCGUCAUGGCGUUGGACGGACGUUGGGACGGACAGGCCUGGGUGAAGGACCUAUUGGACAGGGCGGUGAAAGCGAGAAUUUUGACCGCAGGCCAUUGCGCUCCAGCGAUCCGUGCUGCUCAGGCGACAGACUGGUUAAUAGGAUAA